UUUUGACAAUCCGUUCCCACGCCCUUCCCGUACGCCUAGUAGCGCACGUUAGCGCAAACCCUCGAACAUUCGGCGUCGGAAAAGUAUCAAAUCAAAUCUUAUGCCCUGUUUGGCAACUCUCAAAAAGAGAAAUCCGGCUUUUAGUUUACAAAUUGGGAGACGGAAUUCAUAGUUCUUUCAGAUUCUUGUUUUUUUUCUCUCUCUAGAUUUGUGGGUUAGAGAGACAAGCUCCGUUUGUUAAUGGCUUCAGAUCAAGAGUUGUCAGGAACUGUGCAGAACAUACUGGACCAAGAGAGUCUGAAGUGGGUCUUUGUUGGUGGUAAAGGCGGCGUUGGCAAGACUACGUGUAGUUCGAUUCUGUCGAUCCUUCUCUCUAGGGUUAGAUCCUCUGUUUUGAUAAUCUCCACUGACCCCGCUCACAAUCUCAGCGAUGCGUUUCAGCAGCGUUUCACCAAGGCACCCACUUUGGUUAAUGGGUUCUCCAAUCUCUAUGCAAUGGAAGUGGAUCCCAGUGUAGAGAACGAAGAAUUACCUGGUGAUGGAAUGGAUAAUCUUUUCUCUGAGCUGGCAAAUGCAAUUCCCGGAAUUGAUGAGGCAAUGAGCUUUGCAGAAAUGUUGAAGUUGGUUCAAACAAUGGAUUACUCUGUGAUAGUAUUUGAUACAGCUCCUACUGGUCAUACACUUCGGUUAUUGCAAUUUCCAUCAACAUUAGAGAAGGGGCUUGCUAAAAUGAUGUCCUUAAAAAAUAAAUUUGGUGGUUUAUUGAAUCAGAUGACCCGUCUCUUUGGUGUGGACGAUGAAUUUGGUGAGGAUGCACUUCUGGGUAGGCUUGAGGGCAUGAAAGAUGUGAUUGAACAAGUGAAUAAGCAAUUCAAGGACCCAGACUUAACAACUUUUGUUUGUGUUUGCAUUCCGGAGUUCCUUUCUCUCUAUGAAACAGAGAGACUGGUGCAGGAACUGAAUAAAUUUGAGAUAGAUUCGCACAAUGUUAUCAUUAACCAAGUGCUUUAUGAUGAAGAAGUUGUUGAAUCAAAGUUGCUUAAAGCAAGAAUGCGGAUGCAACAAAAGUACCUUGAUCAGUUCUACAUGCUGUAUGAUGAUUUUCACAUUACCAAGCUUCCUUUGCUACCAGAAGAGGUUUGUGGGGUUGAAGCUCUGAAAGCAUUUUCACAUAAUUUCAUAACACCCUAUCAGCCUGUCAUCGAGAAAGGCACAAUGGAAGAGCUGGAGGCAAGAGUGUCAAUGCUAAAGCAACAGUUGACAGAUGCUGAGGCAGAGCUUGAGAGACUGAGAAAAGGAAAACAAAAGGUGGAUAUGACUGGGUUUGGAUCUCAUUUUUGAGGAGUGGACUUUGGAAACUAUACAAUUCAGCUAAACUGAAUGGAAAUGGAAUCCCCCAAAAAGACACUUUUCAAUGUUCUGUUGUUAUCGUCUUUGAUGAUCAAUGUUUUGUAACAUUUUGAGGGGCAACUUUUUUCCAUUGUUUUUGUUUGAUGUUGAGAGGACCUGAAAAGAUGGAUUCUGCCAUUAAAGUGCUUUUCUUGUUAA